AAUAAAGUCAGGUGUGUUAGAAGUACUCGCAAGUCACGUUCCAACUAACUAUUGGUGGGGAUUUCCUCAAGGUUGCAAUGCGCAUGUCCAUUUGACGGGGAAUUAUCAACUUCCGCAAACAGAAACACGUGCUCUUAAAUACUAUUUAGAACACUUAGUUAUCAAUGGAAGUUUGCAUCGAUUCAGUCGAAUCGGCGACCUCUGCCGAAAACGGAGGUGCCAAAAGACUCGAGUUGUGUAGCAACCUUUUGGAAGGAGGAACAACUCCAAGUAUUGGUAUGUUGUUGGUCAUCAAGCGGUAUGUGACAAUCCCGGUGUUUGUGAUGAUCCGACCUCGCGGGGGUGACUUCUGCUACAGUGACACAGAGUUACAGAUAAUGAAAGAAGACAUUGUUUCCCUGAAAAAAGCAGGAGCUGAUGGCUUUGUAUUUGGUGUCUUGAGUGAUGAUGGAUCAGUAAAUGCAGAUACAACAUCGGCCCUGUUAAGUGUGGUCCGUCCACUUCCAGCUACCUUUCACAGGGCAAUAGAUAUGACCAGCGAUAUUCAUAAAUCACUACAAACAAUAAUAGACAUGGGCUUUGAACGAGUCUUGACCACUGGAGGAGAGUCAUCUGCCCUUGAAGGAGCACCUGUCAUAAAGGAGAUGGUGGAAAUGGCUGCUGACAGAAUUGUUGUUAUGCCAGGUGGAGGUAUUCAUGAACGAAAUUUGGACCGCAUUCUCAAAAUUACUGGAGCUAAGGAAUUCCAUGGUUCAGCCCAUAGUAGCCAGCCUUCCAAGAUGAAGUUUAGAAAGCAAGGAGUUACAAUGGGAUCAAAACUCAGUCCCCCAGAAUAUGACUUCAAAGUAACAAAUCCAAACAGAGUUAGCUGCCUUGUAGCACUAGCUUCCAACAUCUGGGAAACUGACUAAGUGGAAUCUUGGUCCUUUAUAGAAAAAAGCAUUAGAAAUAUUUAACUUUGGAUCAUUAAUAAAAAGAUGGGUAAAAACGUU